AUGUCGCGUGAAUCACCACUCGAGUCACUUCCCAUUCUGCAGCUUACAGCAACAACCGUGGUUGCCUUGUUGACGGGUUUCUUUAUUGGUCAAAAGUUCUCCAAUCGCAAGGAUGCCGAUGCCAUGCCAACCAAAAAAGCUCAAGCUGAAGAAGCGGAUAGCGAUUCGGAUCUCGAUGAGGCCCCUGUCGGCAAGGUGGAUGUUGGGAAAUACGGCGACAAUUUUAAAAUGGUGCUUGUGGUACGCACAGACCUCGGCAUGACUAAGGGCAAAGUUGCAGCUCAGUGUGGACACGCUACGCUUGCAUGCUACAAGUCGGCUAUGAAAUCCAAUCCUGAGGUGCUUCGGAUAUGGGAAAGAACUGGCCAAGCCAAGGUUGCUUUAAAGUGUGACAGCGAGGAUAAGAUGCUGGAUCUUCAAGCAAUCGCAUUGAGUCUCAACUUGACAGCACAAAGCAUUUGUGAUGCUGGUCGUACACAGAUUGCCGCGGGCUCACGUACCGUGUUGGGCAUAGGACCAGGUCCCGUGGAAUUGGUCGAUCAAGUGACAGGACAUUUGAAGUUACUCUAA